AAAAAAGUGUAAAAAUGUUUACAAACUUAUCAGGUGUGCGCCCUCGUGGGGGACCUGGACAGCCGGAUAAACAAGAACAGAAUGAGGAUCUUGUUUGUGAAGAAUGUUUAGCAGCUAAAUCUAAUCUUCAUUGUAUAGACGCGAGUAUACAGGUUGAUCUAUCGGAAGGAGAAGAAGAGGAUGGGAUGGGAAGAAAGGAGAAUAAACGAAUGCCUGUCUACAGCAGAGAAGACAUUAGAGAACAGUAUUGUAUUAACGAGAAAGAAGCAGCAAAUCUAGACAGCAGAAAAAAGAAGGGAUUUCUUGGAUGCUUCUCUGAACAGCAACAGGGUAUUUCUCCUUGCUCAAAACACGGGAAACGAUCCUUCCUUCCUUCCUGCAUCGGCCGGACAGGAAGUGAUGAGGAAAUAAGUGAUUUGUACCAGAAUACAGAUCGGCGUCCUGUAUCCCCUCAUGGCAAGGGUCGAACGUGGACGGGGCAUUACAGAGCUGAUGAAGAUGAAGGCUUUGACGAAGGAUACUUUCGGCGACGGCCAAAAUCCUUUUGUGCCGAAAAUCGGAGGUUCGGCGGUAUGGAGCCGGGGACGCGUCUAUCUCAGAUCUCGGGGUUGGAUGAGGCUUAUAUGCGGGGAAUACAGAUGGGAUAUUCUGGAGUACCGCCCAUGAUGAUCCGCCCCCCUGUGAUGGGGUGGGGCUAUCCUUGCCCUCCCUAUAUCAACAACCACAACUAUACACAGCCCAACACCCCAGAUCUCCUCCUGCAUAGGAGACAGCUGGACGCCUCCGAGGUAAGUUUAGAUGACAAGAUGAAGGGGAAGCAUGUUAGUUUCGAGGCUGGCACACUCAGAUCCCAGGAGGUCGGCCUCCUCAGAUCCCAGACCAUGAGCUCAAUGUCAGAUUCAGAAUUUAGAAAUAGUAUAUAUUCCCGAACCCCUGGAUCCCCUCCUCUCUCUACACACACCCAGCCAUCACUCUCUGCAACACCAUCUAAGUCGUCUGAGCGUCUAAUAGACGGAAGGAAAACUCCUGAUUAUGCCUUUUAUAGCGAACUUUUUACCCCAGAGCUGGCAAGACAAAUCAUUUUAGAUCGGAUGAAAAAGACAAAUAUGCGUACUCAAGCUACACAGACAGAUGUUAAAAGACAGCGAGAACAGCAGCUGUUACAGCUACAGCAGAUUAAUCAGAUGAGAAGAACUAACAGUGGGCAAAGAAAGUUGGUAUCUGAAGGUGUUCAAACUAAUGGAGGAAUUGCUGGACUUACCACUCAGACACAUCAUGUUAAAAAACAAUGGGAUGUAAAUGCAGUACAUGCAAAGGUCAGUACAUUCUUNAAAGCUCACUUCAACCUCUAA